AUGUCUACAGCAUCCGGGAGUCAAACAGGUUUUCACAAUGCACCGGUAACGAAAGGUCUCUUAAUUUGUAUAGGAGGAUGCUCAUUAGCUGCCUAUUUACUUGAUAUUAGAUCCUCAUUUCAUUUACAGCUUACACAAAAUGAGGCAUUCUUGUUCGUAUCGUCCGCGUUAUCCACAAUUCUUGAGGUUGGUGCGCUUGCAAUUGGCAAGCGAUUUGGGGUAACAUUCAUGCCCGCAGGACCAUAUGGUUUUAUUUUUGCUACACUUUAUCAGUACAAUAGAAUAAUACCAUUUACUUAUCAAUAUCGAGCUUUUGGAUAUAUGUAUUGUUUGGGCGUUAUACCGUUUCUUUAUUUUCAAUAUCCUUCCUCGAUUGUCGCCAGCAUAUGCGGGCUUUUAGUCGGAGCUAUUUAUAGGAGCGGAUUUUUGAAGUUAAAUAAACUUCGUUUUCCAGGGUUUAUUAGCCGAUUCUUUUCAAGAUUUAUAUUACCUUUAUUAUCAACACCUCCACCUGGGCGCUCAUCUUCUCUUGCACUUGAUCAUGCACAAGCAGCUCAACAAGAGCGAGUCAUUAGACGUCAUGCUCCAGCGCAAGCGCCCUCUCAACACGUAACACGACAACCAGCUAUUAAUGAAGAUAACAUUGCCAAUUUACGAGAUAUGUUUCCUCAAAGCUCUCAAGAAGCUAUUACGCUAGCUCUGCUUUCUUCCGAUAAUGAUAUUAAUAGAGCCAUUCAAUUUUUACUGGAUUAUAAUUCAUAG